UCUCUCCUGUAUGACUCUCUGCUGUCCUCCGUCUCUCUUUUGUCUCAGAGCACAGGGACACAGAAGGGCUUUUCAUGAUGAUGGUGUCAUUUCCUGUCUUUGCAGUAAGAAGUCCUGUAAGUACUUCGAUCAGGGUCGUGGUUCGUGUCCGUUUGGAGGGAAGUGUUUGUAUCUUCACGCUUUCCCAGAUGGAACCCGGGCAGAACCGGACCGGCCGCGGAAACAGCUGAGCUCCGAGGGGAAUGUCCGGUUCAUGAACAGCGUCCGUCUGUGGGAUUUUAUCGAGGAGCGCGAGCAGCGGCCGGCCCCGCCCCUGCCGUCUCUCGAUGAUGACAUCACAGAGCUAAGGGAGCUCUUUAUGCAGAUGUCGGGGCCGAGCAGCGACGGGCCAGAGACCCCGCCCACUGCAGACCAGUAGAGACCGGACCAGUCCGCACCAGUCAUCGAAAUGUAAAACCAUGUCAUCACUCUGCAGCUCUCUGGUGUGUUUGGUUAUUGGUUAUUGAUCUGUUAUUUUAUUUAUUGUGUGAAUAAGUAAAAACAGUCAGUGUGAAUUCA